AUGUCCUCCUCCCAGGCCGUGGCGGCGUCGCUCAUGGGGCCUCCGCCUCCCGACGCCGUGCCAGAGAGGUCUCACUUCGACCGGCUCGACCGCCAGCCAGAUGAGAACGCCCAACGCAGUCCUGCCAAGGAGCACUUUGCUAUACACGCCGCGACAACACCCCUUCAGUGCGACUCCCAGCCCUCAGGCGACGGUGAUAUAGACCGGCAGACGGCGCAGCCAGACUCCCAGCAGCAGGCCGCGGCGAGUACGUUGCUAGCUCAACUAUUAUCCAGCCAGCCUGCUGCCAACGCCGACCAGAACGGCCAGGGUAGCUCGUUGCAGGCCCUGUCUGAUCCCCCCGUCUCCAUCUCUGCCGUCGAUGCUGGCGCUCACGCAUGGCCACCAAUGCCGAAAUCGAAACAUCAGAGUGCUGCUCCCGUCGAGUCCGGCACGGCCAGUGCAGAGGAGAACUUCCACGGACUGCCUAGGAUGGGAGAUUUGCCGGCCUCGGAUGCGCUGCCGGCUCUGGACAUGCAGACCGAUGCCUCGAUGCUGGGAUCGCUGGAGAACGUCGAUCUCAAAGUCGGCGAUUUGAACACCCAGAAUUUUUCAGACUUCACCGCCCUGGCCACCACGCCGGUCAAUCCGCGAGAGACAAUGGAACAGAAUGGCCUGCUUGCCGGUGCUGCUGGAUACUACGACUCGCCGACUCUGAACGGAGCAGGACCGACGCCGCGAAUAGUCGGCUAUCCGGAUUUCUCUACGGGCGUGGACGCGAAACGACGGGAAGGGUCUGAGUCUGUAGCCGGAUCAGAGCCGAGAAUCCAAGCAUUUGCAAAACUUGAAUUCGACGACGGCCAUUUCUACGUUAAUACGUAUUCCUUCAUCCUGGGCCGUGAUGUGCGCGCCGCCCGCGCUGCGUUCCAGAGAGACUACCAGGCAAAACAGAGCAAGGCUCAUAGUUCGCAUAGCGGACACAAGGCUCGCACUCCAAGCAGGGUCAAGCGGGAAGGAAGCGCGUACAUGGGCAGCGUUAUCAGUGACAGGGGCGGCAUCAUGGGCUUCGAUCCGGAUAUCCCUCAGCACGGCCCGCCGCAGAUGAGCUGGAAGUCCUCCAACUCCUCUGCCGAUCAGGUUGCCCGGCCACUGCUACAUAUAUCCCAUGGAGAGUCACAGACGAAUGCCGAACAGCGAGAGAUGACUGAUUACAACGCCCUGGCCAUGCAAUCGCUACAGAGAGGCCACCAUGAACCCAAGAGAGUAGACACCCUCUCUUUACUCCCUUCCCCGGAAGCAUGUCCGACUAUCCCAAUUCACCCGCCUGUGCCCGUCAACGGUGGAUCGUCACAUAGGGCAAUAUCGAGAAAACACGUCAAGAUCGCAUAUAACUUUCACAAAAACGUCUUUGAGAUGGAAGUCAUUGGUAGGAACGGUGCCUUUAUGGGUGCCGAUUGGCUUGCUCCCGGUCAGGUCAGACCUCUUCACAGUGGCGACUUUAUACAGAUAGGAGGCGUCAGAGUACGCUUCCUUCUUCCAGACGUGCCCAUCGGAGACACCGGAGCUGAAAUCACACCUUCCUCUCCUCCUGAAAUAGGCCAGGGGAUGCCGGACCAACCUGAAGUGGAAGAAUCUGAAGAACCGGAACAAGCUAAUGCGGAGGAUGAAUCAGACCAGAGUGGUGGCGACGAUACGGCCAAGUCAAAGGAUAAGGGGCCCCGGGUUGAUCAGAAAGCCUCUGCGGAGCCUGGUCAGGGUACUAAUAAACGGCGCGGACCUGGAAGACCGCCCAAGGACGGGAUCAUGUCUAAACGCGAGAGGGCAGAAAUUGCACGGGAACAGAAGCUGGCUGCUAAACGUGAAGCUAAUGGAGGUGCUGCUGUUGCGGCGUCUCCUCCGCCCACCACUACUGCUAAAGUCAAGCCUGCCAAAGCCGCCAAAGAACCAGCUGCUACGUCUGUUGCUGCUACUCCUGCGGGUACCGGCGCGGGCGUACCAGAGGACCAAUCAACGACAACCGUCAAGGUAGAGAAACGGAAAUAUACAAAGAGGAAGAAGCCAGAUUCGACACCAGGCGAGACUGUAAUGCAAUCCAUAGAAGGAGGUGCAGGUGCAGGAGGCAAUGCGGAUAUACAGCAAAGCGAACCCAUUCGUCUUCCAACAGUGAAGAAGCGCAAGCCUUCCAAAUCACCGUCCCCUGACUACCCCCCUGAAAGCUUCUAUACUCCCAAGGAGCUUGCAAAGCCACCAUACAACUAUGCAGUGCUCAUCUACGACGCUCUAUCGGAAUCUCCUACACCCAUGACGCUGAAACAGAUAUACCGUGCUCUAAAGCUCAAAUACCCAUACUUCCGCUUCAAAUGCGAGACCGAGGGCUGGACGUCCAGUGUACGGCAUAACCUGAACGGAAACACGCAUCUGUUCAUGCACGCUGAGCGAGAUGGGAAAGGAUGGUCGUGGAAACUCCUACCAGGCGCAUCUGUGGAUAAGGAGAAGAAGCGUCGUCCAUCGCCUCCACCAGUCCAAGAUGUAUCCAACAACAGCCAGCAACGGUUUCUACCGCCCAAUACUGGGCCUGGAGCUCCCUACAUUGCUCCUCCAGCUCAGUUCAAUCGUCGUCAAUACCCUCCUUAUCCACCUCCGGCAAACACUCAAUAUCCACCUCCUCCUCAGCAGCAACAGACUCCUCUACCUCCGCCUCCAGCUGCACCGCCAUCUCAACCCGUAGCAGCAGCCAAACCUCCCCCUCUCCCUCCUCCUCCAGCUGCCGUAGCUGCACCGCCAGCUCCAUCGGCCCCUAUGCUGCCGCCACAGUUGUUGAAAAGUCUUCCCCCAGCUCUUUCUGCAUUGAACUUCGCUCCAUACCGCUCUCCAUAUAUCAUUGCUCCGCCACAGCAACGGCCAUCCCAUCAACAACCAAUACAACCGCACCCGCCUCCUCCCACUCAUCCACCAGCACAUCAACAGCAGGCAAGGUUGCAACAGCCACAGCAAUCUCAGCAACCACAUCAUCCUCAACCGCCUCCACAACCGCAACACCAAGUACAACCCCAUCCUCCAAACCAAUAUAGGUUCCACAAUCAAAUACUCCCGCCAAACCAUAAUCAGCCUCAUCGCCCUCCACAACCACCACCACAACACCCCCCGCCAGCCCAAACCCAGGCGCAACCAUCACAUCCUCCCCCCGUCUCAUCCGCACCUAUACCCCAACCCAAUCAUCCAGUCUCAACAACAACUCCGUCACCCGCCCCAGCUUCAGCUCCACCCACUACUCCCGCACCUCAAAAAUCAGGCAUGGACCCCGCCUUCCUCGCCCGCGCUAACCAAGCAAUCGACAACUUCGAGGCAGUCCUCAUAGACGAUUACGAGGAUAAAGACUACAUCCGCAAAGUCCUCCGCAGUGCGCGAGAUAGGGUCCUCCACGGCGCAAAGGAAAGCUCGUUCCCAGGCGGCGAAACAAAGGAUGAAUCGGUAAUUAUUGACGCUCUAAGGGGUAUCAUUGGUAGUCUUAAUGGCCAGGAUUAA